AUGGAACCAAACCACACCGAUGUGUCGAAUUCAUGUCACAGGCGGAAGCGAAUCAUUGUUGCCUUGACUGGCGCAACUGGUGCUAUACUCGGGAUCAAGACACUGAUUGCGCUUCGCCAACUCAACGUCGAAACGCACCUUGUUAUGAGUAAAUGGGCAGAGAGCACAAUCAAGUACGAAACGGAAUACACUCCACCAAAUGUGCGCGCUUUGGCAGACCAUGUAUACAGCAACCACGACAUGGCUGCGCCUAUUGCCAGCGGGUCAUAUCGUGUCGAUGGAAUGAUCGUUGUACCUUGCAGCAUGAAAAGUCUCGCAGCGAUAAAUGUCGGUUAUUGCGACGACUUAAUCUCACGAGCUGCUGAUGUUGUCUUGAAAGAGCGUCGCAAGCUUGUUUUGGUAACGCGCGAAUGCCCCCUGAGUGGUAUUCAUCUACAAAAUAUGCUGUCGGUCACACAACAUGGUGCGAUAAUAUUUCCUCCUGUACCAGCCUUCUAUAAUCGACCUUCAUCACUUGAGGAUGUAGCGGAUCAUACCGUUGGGAGGAUGCUUGAUUUGUUCGAUCUCGAUACUGGGGGGUUCGAGAGGUGGAAUGGAUUUCAAAAAGAGUGAAGCAUACUCUAUGGGGUGAUUCAUCCCCAUUGUCAAUGGUAGAUUGCUUCUUGAAUCACGGUCCUGCCCAAUUGAAAGUAGAGCGAUUGUACGGGUAGCCGACCUGUACAAAAGGGACAUACAAUAACGCAAGGCAAGCCAAUGUUCCUUUGUCUAUGUAAAUUGAAUCAUGU